AUCUGACGAAGUUGCAUAAGAAUUCAAAUUUUUUCAUCGCAUUCCUUUUUCCAAUAUGGUACAUUUAGAUUCACUCUUUUUGCAGCAAUCAGCGCUUUUCUCUGUUGCUUUAUUGCUCCUGCCAGGACAUCACAACCAGCAAGUCGCUGGGAUCACUUUCCUGAACACAGAACAUGAAGCGCAUGUUGUUGACACCGAAACCGCACCGGGAAGUGCGGGAGCAGCAGAGAAUGUUUAUUCCGCGGAUGUCGACCUCGCCGGAAACAACAACUUUUUGGAACACGUCACCAAAAGAAAGAUCGCGAUUCCGAUGGCGUCCGACACCUUUGCCGAUGAUGCGCCCCUAACGAAUAACACCAUUGGGGCGGAUGACUCGAGCGCCUCUUGCGCAGACUGUUGCAACAAUGAGGAGGUGGAAAUCGGCAACGACGGAGACGGUAACCACGGCGAGUUUUUCGAUGCCUUCGCGUUCGGGCGCGGUGGCCACGCCGUGUUUCUCGGGGCGGCGCAGGCCUUUCGGGGGCUCACCAACGCGAUCGGGGGUGGGGAUUUGGCCGUCGCUUCACUGGUGAAAAACACGUGCAUCGGCAGUUCGGAUGGCGGUUCCUGGUUCGUGCAGGCCUUGCUAUUCGACCAGAGUCUGCAUGACGUGCUCCGCACCACCUCCGCCGCGUUUCCGGCCGCCAUGACGGGGUACCUCCAGGCGAUCGGGGACCGGUAUGAAAAGCUGGUUGCCGAUGCAGUCGCUGCGUCGGGCGGCAACGUGACGGUCUGGGACGUCACCAAGUCCGAGCCGAACGCCUCCUACCUUCCCUGGAACGUCCAGCAAUUUGUGCUUUCGAAGGCGCCGGCGGAAAUUGCGUCCCUCCCGGUCGGCAACCCGGACGCGAAGCGCAACCUCGCGUGGCGCUACGUGUGCCGGGCGAACUUGGCGGCGCAGGAAACCUUGUCCCGCACGGUCGUGGACAUGGGGCGGCUGCGGUGGGCGCAGCAAACCGCCCUGCCGCAGUUCGCCUACCUCGGUGCCGCGGCCGAUCCGGACAAACACGCGCCGCCCAGCGCGAAUUUUUCCAGCUUCACGGGUGCCAAGGUGAUCCCGGUGUAUUUUGACUUUACCAGUAACUACAGCGAGCGCAACGAGGGCCACAACACGGGCGCCAGCAUUGACAACAUGGACGUGAGCAUCCCCGCCUGGCGCAAGAAAACCAGCGUGCGCAUGGAGCUGGUGGACGCGCAGGGGGGGAAAUGGAACUCGAAGACUUCCAUCGGUCUGCUCAAACGCGCAAUUCUUCGGGCGUACGCCGACAACGGAACCUUUCCGCACUUGCUCUCGUAUCCGGGAACGCAGAAGUCUCUGGCAUACGGAAUGUUUGUGAAUCAGACGGGGAGCAUGAGGACCGAGAAAACCAGGGCGCCGUUCAAUCAGUGGGAGCAGAAAUUCUUCGCGGCUGACGUUCUGCAGUAAUAUUUGUUACUGUUUGGCUCAUCCAUUGAUGUGGACGUGUAUACUCUGACUUUGUUUUUUGAUACGAAAAUUUAAAUUUUCUCGCGCCCGCCGAUUCAUGUGAGCUUUGAGCAAAAGCAAAACGGUGUCAGAGAGUGGGCACCAAAUUCGUGUAGCUUUGAUUUCGGUUAUAUUUUUGUGUGAUUGCCGAAGAUGCUGGGGUAUCUAUUUUUAUUUGUUUCUCGUAUCCCCAUAAUCCAGGGUUGGCGAGUACGACGGGGACGUCGAUUUUUCCUCGGAGUCUUGCUGCGGGGGGGAUCGUGGGGACGCCGGGCGGCCGCGGUUCGCUCUUGCCAGCGGUGAGACGGUGGAGGGGACGGGUCUGGGGGCAGCGAUUCGCAUGCUGCAGCGCAAGUACCCGGAGGACCAACAGGAUCCGACCAAAAUUCGCCGAAUUUUCGCGUACCAGUGGAGUUUCGACCAGCUGUACGAGUCGAUUGGUCGGGGCGGCUUGGAUCCCGCGGACGCGGUGGAUGUGAACCAAGGGUACGGCGCCAACAGUGAGCGGCUGUUUAGCAACCUCCGGUCCAUCGACGUGAUCCAGAUCGACGACCUGGAUCCGCGCGCGAUCCACCUCACGGUGAAAACGCGGCGGGACGAGGUGCGGGGCAUCGCCGAGGACUUCCACUACGAAAUUUACGCGUUUACCAACGCCAAUGAUCUUGAGCCGCACCACGCCUGCAGUCAGCUUUUCGAUGCGAACUCUUGGAACGCCUCCGCGACGGGCGGACUGGGGGCGAGUUGCCAGUUAGCUAUGGGAAACCCAGCCGCCAAUUGCGCCGGACUCUACAGGUAUAAAUAAAACUCAUUUUUUAUGCUUUCUUGCUACGUUCUUAGCAUCCACCUGGUCUAGAAGGACAUCGUCUAGAUGAUCAGAUCUUGUUACGGCCACAGAAUUUGUCUGCGCCGUUCGCAGUGAGAGUAAAGCCGCAAUGAUUGAUGAUAUACUUCUCGAUCGACUCGUCGUAAAUGCAAUGUAAAUAAAUGGUCCGAGUCGUGUGGACUAUCAACACAAAAUUACCAGGCAAUGUCUUGACGUGGCGACGACUCCAUUGCAGACGCUGAUUGAGAGGGCGCGCGAUGGUGUGAAGACGACGUGCAACGCUGCCAUGAAUACCGUCUGUGGGUCGCUGAUGCGCAUUCCCGAUAGCGACAAAAAGUGCUGGAUCGGAUGGAAUUUCGUCGAGCGGUCGGAUACGACACCGCCCCAGCUACGCUGUAGUGUAGACUUGUGUUGCCCGGAUGCCGCAGAACAAAAACAAAAGCACGAAAAGAAGGCGGCAGAAACCACACAAAGGGAGCGUCUGAACAGAACAUGACCAUGAUCCAGUGAACUGCGAUGAACACGAAGGACAUGAAUGCUUUUUCCAGAUUUGUAGUUGAUGCGAGACGUGUACGAGCUUCGAUGUUGUAACUGCAGAGUACGAGACAAAGGUUGUUAAUUCCAAUGGAUACUUCGCACACGUACAGGUAUAAGUACAAGUAGUAGACGCACCACAGUAGUAGACGCUCAAGCCGGUACGGACCACACCACAAUAA